CUCAAAACGAGGCCGAUUCACGUCCCGAGUACAUAAAUGGCGGUGAGAACGAGCGAUCGUCAGGUUUAUUUAUCUCUUCACACUUCCUACCGUUUCUAAGACAAACAUGACAUCAGAGGCGAGCACAACAGUAAAUGGAGAUACCACCGAAUCACAUCAGAACAUAUGUAGCAUUUGUAAGAAUGGAUUUACCACAAGGAGUCCAAAACUACUGCCGUGUUUGCAUACGUUUUGUAAGGCGUGUAUCUCCCCGGCUGACGACGGAGUAAUCCGGUGUGCACUAUGUAAACAAGAAGUUCGAAAUCUUGGUCUGGUUAUUGACAAUUACUUCCUUCUGGAUUCAUUGACUAAUGGAGAUAACACGACAACCAGUACAACAGCUGAUGCCAAAUGCACAAGUUGUGAAGACAAUGCUGUUGCCUCAUCAUAUUGUCAGAAUUGUGCGGAGUGGCUGUGCGAUACUUGUGUUCAGGCCCAUCACAGAGUGCGGGUGACUAAAGACCACGUUAUCCAACCAAAGGAUUCCGCUGAAGCAUUACAGAGGGAAUCCACAACCAGUCCAGCUAGUUCACGCAACAAGCCCCUUUACUGUCCGGUUCACAAACAAGAACCAUUGAAACUGUACUGUGAAACCUGCGACAAGCUGACCUGCCGAGAUUGUCAGUUAUUGGAACACAAAGAACACAAAUACCAGUUUGUUAACGAAGCCGCUGCCAAACAAAAAGGACAAAUGUCAGCUCUGAUGAUGAAACUUGAGGAAAAGAAAAAGUACAUUGGCACUGCACAGCAACGAAUCUCAGAGAAACUGAAACAAAUCAAUGAUUUAGAAACCAAAACUUCGCAAGAGAUAAGACUAUUCAUGUUAACAUUGAUAAAUGAAGUUAAUCGACGAGCAAAAAAACUGCUUGAGGAUCUGAAAGCAACCUGUGCGAUUAAACGGCGACGACUUGAUGUGCAGGCUCAGGAAGUGAAACAACUACACAAGCUAAUAGACCAUUGCACUGGAUUCACAAAUAACGCUUUGCAUACCGGUAGCAAUGCAGCAUUACUUUAUAGCAAGAAAGUCAUACUCAGUCAACUCUUCAGUGUUCUACGCUUGCCCUGUAUCAGGUCACCAAUAUUUGGUUUGGAUGUUAAGUUUAUGUUUGAUAUGGACAGCGCCAACAAACAAAUCGGUAAAUUUGGUGUUCUUAUGAUAAGCGAUGCAUCAGGACAAGGAAACGAUCCACAGCAUGUUGUCCAACAGUUGAACAAUGCCGUGCAACAUGCUCCUGGACAAGCUUUUCUUGGAAACCAACAAAGACCGCCUCAAUACAGAGCACCAUUUUCUCACCCACAACAACAACAACAACAACAAAAAAUUAAUCUUCAGCAGUUAGCAGAGCAAAGGAGACAGAGCAACUCUGUUGUGAAGAAUGCUUUCAGCCAGCCUUAUACCAUGAAUUCACAGAAAAUUCUACAUCAAAAUUUACUACAAAGACACCACCAACAGCAGCAGCAACUGCAGCAGCAGCAGCUUCAGCAACAACAGCAGCAGCAACAACAACUACAGCAGCACCAGCAACAUUCUCAGGGUAUGAAGUUAGAACAAUCUAGAGUCGGUGGUCAGUUGCGGCCUAUAGCACCAAAACCGUUAGCUCCUCCAUCAGCAACAAUAUCAAGAGCUCAACUUCAGCUAAGCACCUCCACAGCCCAUGUUUCAAAUAAUGUUGGCAACCCAGUUAUAUCACAAGUUGUAUCACUGGGGGGAAAUCUCACUCGAUUAUCUCCAAGCACGCUACGCCAACUUAGCCCAUCAGUUCGAGAAAUGCAGGAAGCUGUUUUUUCAACACACACUCCAGAAAAAGCCAGCAGUGUUGUCAGCAGUGCGAGUGGAGAUGGUAAUACUACUUCUGGAACUCCACCCAAAAUGCAUGCGACUGUUCCCUUUUCUGGCACCCAGUACAAGCAAGAUUCUGCACCGAAAAUGAAAAAUGAACCAAGCUCGCCCAAUGAACGACCUUCGUGCAGCUUUGAAAAAAUGUCUCAAAAAAGUACUACACCAUCACCUGCUAGUGGAUGUUCUGGUCAGCUGGACAUGUCAUCUGGAUUUCAUACAACCACUGAUUCAAGGCCACCCAGUUCCACAAGCUCAGCUGAAGACAGAAGUUCAACUACUCCAGAGUCGAAUGCUAGUUUCAGUGCUGUGAAAAUCAAGCAAGAGAGACAGUCUAGAGAUGAUCCUGAAUCUUCCUGUAUGAAUUACACUGCCAGACAAAACAGCCAACAGGAAGGUCUGAAUAACACUCCAUUUGAGUCAAUUUCAGAACUUCACAUACCCAAUAUUGCUCUGUCUUUUGACAACAAUCGGGCAGACCACGACAAGAGUCUACCCGACCAAGAUGUCCACAGUGAAUGCAGUGAGAAUUACGAACUGUCUCCAGCUCCAGGCUGUUCAUCAUCUGAGGUUUACUCACGCCAGGGAAUACCGGUAGAGUUCAAUGAGGACUACUGUGCUUGUUGUCAGAAUGGUGGUGAUCUUCUGUGUUGUGAUACUUGUCCAAAGGUCUUCCAUCUACAGUGUCACAUUCCAUCUCUCACUGCCACUCCAAAGGAAACCUGGAUAUGUGGACUUUGUCAAGACUUGUGUAAAGAGAUCCAAGGUAUCUCAGAAAAUGAUGAACAUGGAAAAAGGAAAGCCUCCUCUGGUCUGAGUGAAGCCCAUCAGAAAAUAUGUGAAAGAAUUUUAUUGGAGCUGUUCUGUCAUCCUGCCAGCCCACCAUUCCAUGAACCAGUUGACAGAUCUGUUCCAAACUACUAUAAGAUAGUAACUAACCCGAUGGAUUUGUCAACAAUAAAAGUGAAAUUAGAAAAGACGUCUCCUCAGCAUUAUGAAUGUGUUGAAGAUUUUAUAUCUGAUUGUAGAUUACUGUUAUCUAAUUGUUUUGUUUUCAAUACGCCGGAUUCUGCCAUCUGUAGAGCUGGUAAGAAGGUGGAAAGAUUUCUCAACAGACUUCUUGAGAAGUGUCUGCCAGAUUAUGUUGUUUCAUCUCCGGAUGCACAUUCACGGCACCAUAAGCGAAAGAAGAAAAUCGACAUAGUACAUUACAAGUGA